AUGGCUGAGGGCGGCGGGGGACUGGAUGGGAAGCGAGAGGGCUGGUCGGUCCGUCCCGACCGCCACCGGCCGCAGUGUUCGCUCGACACCAGCACCAUGAGGUUGUGUCUGGCUCUGGUGGUGCUCGGCACCAUCGCGCUCGUCGCCAGACCCGUCACCAGCGCGCCCCAGCCGUUAUCCAUCACAGAUCUCAUCAAACUGAGUAAAAAACAGAACGCUGCCAAGACUUCUACCACUACCACUACCACUACAACUACCACUACAACUACCGCUGCCACUACGCAGGCGUCUGCCACAGCCGAGCAGCCGCUCCCGCUGCCCACAGAGGCGGCUCAGGAAUCGCUCGCCACCUCUGAAAAUACAGGAGGAGGCGGCGGAGCUGGCGCUACAGGCGGGGGAAGCGUGGGAAGCACUACAGGCAGAGACGGGGACGGCCCUGCUCCUGGUGGUGAAAACUCCAGCAGCCAGAGAGGCGAGGCUGCUUCAGGGAGCGACCUGACGCCGUCACAAUCCGAUGGGGGUGACGGCUCCAUGGGAGGACAGGCGGCACAGACCGACCCUGACGCCACCCUGGUAGUCGGAGCUGAGAUGGACACCGAAGACGGAGACGAGGACAUGGACGGAGACGUAGGAGAUGAAGACGAAGACGGAGACAGAGAGGAGGACGAAGACGGAGACGGUGAGAUGGACGGAGACGGAGAGAUGGGCGAAGACGGAGACGGAGAGGCUGACGGCGGACGGGAUGUGAAGCGCCGUCGGAGACGCCGCCGCUGUCGGGUCGGAGGGGACGAGGACGGCACCGGAACCUGCUGUCUGCGCCGUCGCCGACGACGGAAGAAGAGGCCGACCGCGGGCGGAGACGGCGAGGGGAUGGCCACCACCGCGCCAGCCACCGAGAUCGUGAUGCCGCAGUAUGCCUGA